AUGCUGUGCGCCAUUCUCCUUUGUUUAUCUGACUGGUCUGGAGCUCAGGUUUCCUAUUCAGUUUCGGAGGAGGUGGACAAAGGCUCAGUGGUGGGAAAUAUCGCGAAGGAUUUAAACAUCCAAACACAGCAACUGCAGGAACGGGGAUUUCGGAUUGUGUCGGCCUACAGUAAGAAAUAUUUCGAGGCAAAUUUAAGAACAGGGCUUUUGACUGUUAACGACAGGAUAGACCGCGAAGAGCUGUGUCCGAAUUUACCGAAGUGUUCCUUAAAUAUAGAGGGACUAUUGAGCCAUCCCAUGAAUAUUUAUCGCAUCGAGGUCAUUAUUGUCGACAUCAAUGAUAAUGCGCCAUCAUUCCUCGAGCAAACCCAUGUGUUUAAUAUCUCCGAGUCGUCUUCAACGGGAGAGCGGUAUCCGCUCCCAGUGGCCCAGGAUGCGGACACAGGCAGCAAUUCAGUGAAAACAUACAAGUUAAGUCCGAACGAGCAUUUCUCCAUAGAUGUGAGUAGCGGAGGGGAAAGUGCGUUCGCUGAGUUAGUGCUGCAGAAAGCUUUAGACCGAGAGAAACAAACCGCUGUUAAGUUAACAUUAACCGCGGUAGACGGGGGGAAACCUGCAAGGUCCGGCACGAUGCAGAUUCUUGUGAACGUGAUAGAUAGUAAUGAUAACACGCCUUCGUUUAACAAACCGCUUUAUAAAGUAACAGUCAGAGAAAGUGCACCCAUUGGGACAACAAUACUGACACUAAUUGCAACCGAUUUAGACGAAGGUCUACAUUCAGACAUCAAAUACGCUUUAAUGAAAAGAGUAAAUGUUAACUACCCAGAAAAAUUCAUUGUUAAUCCGGAAAGCGGUGAGAUCACAGUGAAUGCUAAUUUGGAUUACGAGGAAAGCAAUGCAUAUGAAUUACGAGUACGAGCAACAGACCAGGGGCCUUCCCCUCGCAGUGGUUAUUCUAAAGUACUGGUAGAGGUUGUCGAUAUCAACGACAACGCACCAGAAAUCUCUGUAACCUCACUAAUGAAUCCAGUAAAGGAAAGUGCUGAAAUUGGAACCGUCGUUGCAUUAGUAACUGUGACGGAUAAAGAUGGAGGGAAAAACGGCAUCACCACUUGUAAAAUGGAAGACUCAGCCCCUUUUACAUUAACGUCAAAUUACAAAAACUAUUACUCUCUCACAGUUGACGGUCUCCUUGACAGAGAAAUUGUAACACAUUACAAUGUAACCAUUACUGCCACGGAUGAAGGUAGUCCGCCUCUUUCUAGCACUGCUGUAAUCAAUGUGCACAUUUCUGAUAUUAACGACAACGCGCCUCAUUUCUCAGAAGCCAAUGUCUAUAUUUACGUUAAAGAGAAUAGUAAAGUGGGAGAUAUUGUAAAAAGAACAACUGCACAAGAUGCAGAUGCUGAUGAAAAUGCUAAAUUGACUUAUUCAUUAAUGGAUAAUUAUCCGAAAAGUUUCCCAAUUUCAACAGUUGUAAAUAUAAACUCAGAGACUGGAGACAUAGUCAGUCUGCAGUCUUUUAACUACGAGGAGUUAAACACCUUUCAGUUCAAAGUUCAGGCCACAGACUCUGGUGUUCCUCCGCUCAGCAGCAACGUGACUGUGAACGUUUUAGUCCUGGAUGAGAACGACAACAGUCCCACGAUCCUCGCGCCCUAUUCUGAGCACGGCUCCGUUAACAGUGAGAGCAUCCCCUAUUCUGCUGAAGCGGGAUACUUUGUGGCAAAGAUCAGGGCUGUAGACGCAGACUCUGGAUACAAUGCGCUGCUUUCUUACCACCUGUCUGAGCCCAAAGGAAACAACCUCUUCCGGAUCGGAACCAGCACCGGAGAGAUCAGGACUAAGAGGAGAAUGAGUGACAACGACCUGAAAGCUCACCCCUUGGUGGUGUUGGUUUCUGAUAACGGAGAACCCUCCCUGUCAGCUACUGUGUCUAUUGACGUGGUGGUGGUUGAAAGCACAGCUGACAUCCAGACUCAGUUCAGACAUGUUCCCCUAAAGGAGGACAGCUUCUCUGACUUAAACCUGUAUCUGCUGAUCGGCAUCGUGUCGGUGUCGGUGAUCUUUCUGCUGAGCCUCAUCAGUUUAAUAGCUGUCAAAUGCCACAGGACCGACGGCAGCUUCAGCAGGUACAGCGCCCCAAUGAUCACCACCCACCCUGACGGGAGCUGGUCUUACUCCAAAUCUACUCAGCAGUAUGACGUGUGUUUCAGCUCAGACACGCUGAAGAGUGACGUAGUGGUUUUCCCACCCCAGUUUCCUCCGGUCGAUGGUGAACUGAUCAGUAUUAACGGAGGAGAUACUUAUACCCGGACUCAAACCUUACCCAACAAAGACAAGGUAGGCUAUGUGCUGAAUGCUACAACAUAA